GCUCCUCUGCCGCAUUCUCUGCCCUUAUGCUUGCGUCUCGUACCUCGAACGCAUUUGUAUGCAUUCGAUGUGAAUUAAAGCUUGCGCGAUCUAGAGCUCUACCCACCUCCCCUUCACUCGCCAACUUUUCCAUCUCCGCCCACCGCCGCAAUGCAUUCGACGAAACCUCCCCGCUCAAGAACCCAAACACGUCAAAGCCAGUCAAUUCGCGAUCGCUGUGGAAGAUAAGAAAACGGCGCGGCAGGGCUAUCAGAGAGACUACGGCACCACUCGGGCUGAAGACCCUGGGCAAGGACGCUGAGAUUAUUGUUCUUCGAGAAGUUGGGGACGAUGCGCCGGAAGAUAUUCCGGCACCCGAACCGUCGUCUGAGAGCCAGGAGCAGCCUGGUAUUCUCGCUUCUCUACAAGAGGACGGCAAGCGAAUCAGCCAGGAAGAAAUCAAUCGGCUGCUCGAAAAAUUGCGUCCUCAAGCCUACUCAAACUACGAUGAAUCAAACUACAUAUCUUUGGCGAAAUUUGUAAAGCUCAACAAAGCUCUUCGCGACGGCUUUACCGUGCAGCAACUCUCGCGGUACUUUGCUCUUACAACAGGUGUGCAGCAAGAGUUGGUCAAGCAGGAGGUCUUGGAGGGUGUUCAGGGCAAAAGGAAGAAUCCAAUCGCGCGGACUGAAUGGCAUCCAGGCACGUCGCCGCUCAGCAGGCGAUUACCCGGAGCUGGCAUCAUCACGGGGCCAAAGCGGGCACCGGUCAGUAAGCCUUUGUUGGUGGACCAGAUAUUACGAAAAGCAUGGAAUCUAGUUUUACUGGAGGAGAUUGAGGCCCCUGGAGAGCUCGAAUUUGUGUUGCACCGCUGGCAGAUUGCCGUCUUGAGUGCUGGAGAACCCCCUACGAUUCUGGACGAGGUUGGGGCCACACGUAAGGCAAAGAUCGAAAUAUAUUGGCCGCACAAUGUCCUCCGUAUCACCGCCGAUAAAAGCAGUGCUGAGUAUGCUGCCGAAGACAUACAAAAUCACCUCUUGAACACCGAAUUGCAGCAAUUCAACUUGAAACCUUGGGUCCCCUUCCUCUCGGAGGACCAGAUGAUGGGGAAGAAGCUGAGCAGCGUACUGUCACAGCAGAAUCUUCAAGCAGCUGAAAAAUUGAGUGGUGCGCAGGUUCAGGAGUUGACAGAUCAUCAAUUCCAAAUUCGGGCAGCCAACAAAGACCGGGCGAGCGAGGCUAAGCGUAUCUUGAUGAACAUGCUUCCACUCAAGCAAACCGCAGCUCGCACUGUACAAAGCCAUGGGGGAGUUGUUGAGGCAAGGAAGUGCUACCUCCUACCUACUCCCUUUAAAAGUUCUCUGGAAUACCGCCUGAGGGGGCUAGAGCUAGGUCGCUGGUCACUUCCCGUCUUCAAAUCGUUUGCGGACGCAAAUCAAGCGUCUCAUUCUGAUAGUUCUCCCCGGCCGGACAAGGUGGUUGAGCCGAUAGCCGACAACUUUCAAAAAGAAAUCUCAAAAGUGUUUCAGGGCUCUUCGUUGCUAAGGCCAACUUCGUGGCCAAAACUUAACCGACACGAAAAUUCUGCCGUUUGGGAAAGUAGUACCGAAAACAGACUGUUCGCGGAGUUUGGGCAAAUUCUAAUCCCUAUGGCUGGAGGGAGCAGUGGCAAGCUAUCAAGUGCAUCCGACCAACCUGCUCAUGGUUCUGAUACAACUUUCCUCAACACCGUACCCGGCUUGUCCAAGAUACUCUCCGACGAUUCUCUCUCUGAGUAUCCUGAGACAAGCGCGCCAACCCUAGAAUACCAGUUCGUCCCCUCUCCGUAUCAGCAGAAUCUACUAGGACCUGAGAGUGUUUACCCCACGCUUGUGGUCCGAGUCAGGUUGGGUCAGGACGGCACAAUCGAUUUGCGAGGUGUUGGGUUGGAAUUCAACGAAUACUGCUACGAUGCCCUCCUGCCCGACCGAGCCAUCGACGUCCGCUUCCGGCAGGUGCAAAGACUGUGGCUCCAAAACCCCCUCCAGGAUACCGACCUCAAAGCAUUCUUCCACGCAAUUUCAGCGAAUAUCAGCGGCGGUGGUCGGCUGACUGCACCACCAGAGCUACGAAUAAGCAUCCCUCGUUGGAUAAUUAAAGGCCUUGAGAACAGCCGUCGCGACGACCUGCGGACUCGAAAGGCGGUCUAUCUUUUCACGGGCAUCAAGCAUCGGCAGUCUGUCAGAAUGUUUUUUCAAGACCACCAGCUUGUGUAUUCGGGCGUGCAGGCAGGGAAAUUGACGGAGAAGGGAGGUGAGUUGGAGAUGCUGUGUCCGCCGAAUAAACAGCCGGAGCUGCUGGCGACGCGUCAGGCGAUGAAGGGGUUUAUUAAAACGGCUUUUGAGCUGGUGGAUCUGAUUACCCAGGUAUCGGAGAACCAGCUGCCAUUGUCGAAAGUGGCGAGACCGAGGAAACUGUUUUCGGCGAGGAAGAUGAGGAGGCUGGAGGGUUUGCAAGAAGGGAAAUGCGCGGGUCUUGGUAUGAUGAAGGAGCAUCAGGAUAGCACGUUCGGGCCAGGCUCGACCCCAACUUCAACCUCGGGUUCAUCCUCCGAAGAUGAGUUGUCCGACGGUCAAGGCCCGCAGAAUGCUGUUGGGUCUUUUGGUACGGACUCCCCGCUUAUAGGUGCAUCACCCCAGGUCGCGGCGCUCUUAAAUGAGGAGGAUUCUAGUGCAAGGUACUACGAGGACUUGAAUCAUCAGUCUCUUCAUAUCACAGAUAGCCAGUCAGAAUCUGACGAUAUCACGAAAGAGGAAGGGGGCAGGGGAGCAUUGGAGGAUUUUGGGAAUAUCGAAUCUGAAUGUACUGAAGCACUUUGCACAGGGCAGCUGCGGGAAACUUGUCUUGCCAAACUACCUGAGUCAAUCAUGGCAGGGAGGAUUCGAUCUGUUGGGUAG